GUCGCGUUUACAUGGGCCAUGCGCUCCUUCUUCUCUUCUUGUAACGCACCUUCCGACAUGGACAAUACAACUUGAACGAACAGUAUCCUUAGCCUUCUCAUCCAUGGACCAGGAAUAGCACACUGCAUGCAUGACAUCUCCUUUGUCACAUCCACUACCAUUGUUGUAAUCCACCCACCACGAGCUUCGAAGCACUCCCUUCUCUACCAGCUCCGGCAGCAUGGCCGAGUACGGCUUCCUCAUGGCUGGCGGGCUGGCCACGCCUACCUCGACUCACAUCCGCUCCGUGACACCGUCUCCCAACACAAACAGAUCGGAAUCUCCGACUCUGAUAAAGGCCAAAUCUGCCUCCCACCUGUCGACUAUGAAGACCUUCUCGACGCCUCCCCGUGGCCGCGCCAACUUCGAUAACGACGCAGACUACCCCAACACCAUCCCCGACCCACGAACUCCUAGUCCAAACCCACAAAGUACUAGCCCUGCAGAAGACCCGCAGCAUCAGCACCCCGAUCUCAGCAACGAAGUCGCCAUGCUUAGCACGAAGCUCAUCAACGCCAUCAACUACCAAACAAAUCUGGACGAUUCACUUCAGCACACACGCCACGAGCUUGAAGCUGCUAGACAGCGUAUAGCUCAGUUGGAAGAAGAGACACAGAAUCAUAAAUCCUUGGUCUCAAGUGGAGCCCUUGUCAACAAGGCCGAUCUGGAGACCCUCAGACAAGACUUGGCCGAAUCGCAAAAACAAAGAGACACGGCUGAGAAGGGCAGGAAGGAGAUGGAGGUUGAACUGGAGACUCUCACUAGUGCCUUGUUCGAGGAAGCCAAUACCAUGGUAGCAGCUGCGCGCAAAGACACCGAGGCCGUCGAACGUAGAAACGCACAACUAAGGACACAGCUCAACGACACUGAACUCCUCCUGGCCUCACAACAAGAACAGCUGCAAGAUCUGAAGAGUGUCAUGGAGAAGAUGAACGAAGAUCGAGAUCGCGACGAGACCGAGACGUUGCCCCGUUCUUCGACUGCUCCAUCAACGCCAGGCGUCGACUCUACCAAGAUGAGCACCAUGUUCGACUCACUUCCCUUCUCACCCAACGCUACAAACUUCGGUGACAUUGCGCCGGACCAGCCUCUACGAUUUUCGCAUCUCAUCAUCCCUGUCAUGCGUAAUGAUGUUGUUGCCUAUGUUGACUUUGCGGACUUGCUCAAGUCUGCCAAGCCCGCUGCCUCUAAUCAUUCUCGCAACUCAUCGGGCAUCAGCUCGAGUGUCUUUAUAUCUUCCGCUUCUUCAUCGUCGCCGAAUAUCCCAGGUUCAUUCAGCUCUGGUGCUGCUGCAUCACCGCGGGACACGUCUUUCCAAGCCUCAGUACCGCCGCUCAAAGAUAGCAAGUUCUACAAACGAUGCCUUGUUGAAGAUGUUGAGCCCACAUUGCGUCUUGACCUCGCUCCUGGUCUCUCAUGGUUGGCACGACGUACAGUCAUUGGUGCCGUGACUGGUGGAACUCUGGUCGUGGAGCCCUUUAUACCGCAAUCGCGCUUCUAUGGGAAUGCUUAUGCUUGCGCACUUUGCGGAGAAUCUCGCCGGACAGAAGCUCAUGCCCGUCGCCAUCGUUUUAGGACUAGCGAAGAUGAGAGUGCUCAGAGAUACCCUCUUUGUGAAUUCUGCCUGGGACGUGUCCGGGCGACUGGCGACUUCCUUGGUUUCCUCAGAAUGGUUCGCGAUGGACUUUGGAGAGCUAGUACAGAAGAAGACAUCAAAGCAGCCUGGGAGGAGAGCGUUCGUCUGAGAGAGAAGAUGUUCUGGGCCAGACUCGGAGGUGGCGUGGUCCCAGCGAUUGGAAGAGAGCCGAGUCCUACAGGAACUCAGCGGCGGACAGAUGCCAGAUCGCUGCGUAGGAACAGCACUGAAUCGAGUGUACCCAGGUUCUCGAGAGACUCGGAGUCAGGCGUUGAAAGCGUCCACUCCAAGGCAUUGGAAGUUCCAAAGCUAGGCGAACCUCGACCUCCGACUCGCAACAACAGCAGAUCGACUCCCACUGUCAGCGACGGCAGCACAACUUCCUUGAAUACUUCGGAGAGUUCGGACACGAGAGAUUUUGCAGAUGCACAAACAGACUUGGACAACAUUGCCAAUACACCAACAGGGCUGAACAUUCAGGAGGAUACGGCCAACGAGGCAGACAACGCAACCUCGCGAACACCAAGAUUGGUGCAAGAAGAUGGAGCGAAAGACGGUCUAGGCAUUGAGAUGACUCUACCCGCGGCAGAGGUACAUAAAGAUCAUACUGUUGAUACGACUUCGGGUAAAGAAGAUCAGGCUCCUGAGCCCGAAAGGGAGAAGGAGGAAGGGGAUCCGGUCGAGAAGCCAAUGCAGCCAGAGAUUCCUGGAUCUUUUGAUUGAAGAGAGUUGCUCUACCUAUUCUAUUGUUUGUAUACCCCACCAGCCCUUGCCAUGACUUGCAUGAGACAAGAAAUGCCACGAAACAGUAUAUACAUAAAAAGCCAUUCGAGUCCUUGUGGACCGCUUUGUUUGAUAUUAAUCAUUAUUCCAG